AUGGAGUGGAUGGAUUUUGCAUUAGAAAAAGCAAAAGAAUCCUUUAAAGCAGGAGAAGUACCUGUUGGUUGUCUUUUUAUUUAUGAAAAUGAAAUAAUUGCAACGUGUAAUAAUACAGUUAAUGAGACGCGAAAUGCGACACGACACGCUGAAUUAAAUUGUAUUGACAAAGUUUUAAAAUUUUGUGAUGAAAGACAAUUGAAUUAUAAAUUGGUUUUUUCAAAUAUUGACGUUAUAGUUACAGUUGAACCAUGCAUAAUGUGCGCUGCUGCUUUAUAUGAACUGAAAGUUCGAAGUAUUAUUUUUGGUUGUGCUAAUGAUAGAUUUGGUGGUUGUAGUAGUGUUUUUAAUGUUGAAAAAAUUUACGGUUCGGAAAUAAAAAUUAUUGGUAACGUAAAAGGCGACGAAGCCAUGCAACUAUUAAAAGACUUUUAUAAAGGAGAAAAUCCAAAUGCUCCUGAAUCGAAAGUUAAGAAAAGUCGUAAAAAAACAAAUUGAAUGAUUUGUUUAAAUUUUAUUUUUUUUCUCUGUAUAAAAAUAUUUUAAGUUUGUGACUUUUAUAAAUAAAAAUUUCUUAAACAUUU